AUGACUUCAUUGCGCGCCCUUUCUCGAUCACCUCUCCAAUUCAAACCAACCAUAUCAAGAUCAAGAAACUUCUCUUCAAGCACAUCCCUCAAUGCAGACUUCACCCACGCCGUCAUAGGCGGCGGCGUAAUCGGCCUAGCCAUAGCCCGCAAACUCCAACAACGCGACUCCGCCUCCACUGUCCUAAUAGAAAAGCACGGCCACGUCGGCACAGAAACAAGUUCGCGAAACAGCGAAGUCAUACACGCAGGCCUCUACUACGGACCCACAUCUCUCAAGACCAAACUCUGUCUACAAGGAAAGGACAUGUUAUACUCGCUAUGCAAACAACACGACAUCCCGCACCGCAACACAGGAAAAUGGAUCGUCGCCCAAGACGCCGCACAAAUGGACGCAUUACAAAAGGUCCACGACUUCGCCAAAAGCAUAAACGUACCCAUCCACUUCCUCAGCAAAGACGAAGCCCACCGCCGCGAACCAGAUGUCCGAGCCGAAGCCGGCGUCUUGGAAAGCCCCAGCACCGGCAUCGUAGAUUCGCACAGCUUGAUGCAAUACCUGCAAGGCGAUUUCGAAAACACCGGUGGAAUCUGCGCCUUCAAAUCAACAGUCACAUCCAUCACCCCCCUCGAUUCCGGGCGCAGUGGGUGGGAAAUAACAACGACGGGAGCGGAUGGCGAGGAAAGCAGCAUAACAGCCGACACGUUGGUAAACUCCGCGGGUCUCUUCGCCGUCGACAUCCAAAACAUGAUUUUGCCUAAAGAACGGCACAGAAAAGCUUUCUACGCAAAAGGAUCCUACUUCUCCUACGCCGUCUCGCGGCCUAAACCGUCCACACUCGUCUACCCCGCCCCAGUCCCCGGUCACGGCGGUCUAGGAACCCAUCUCACGCUCGACAUGGCCGGCCGGAUUCGUUUCGGCCCUGACGUCGAGUGGACAGACUCACCCACUGACUACACCCCCAACACCAAAAACGUGAAGCAAGCCAUCGAUGAUAUCCAGACGUAUCUCCCCGGUGUGGAUAGAAAUGCUAUUCAACCAGAUUACGUAGGGAUACGACCUAAAUUGGGAAAAUUGGCGGCGACGAGCGGGAAGGAUUUCCAGGAUUUUGUGAUAUGUAAGGAGGAGGGAUACGAGGGGUUUGUGAAUCUGUUGGCAAUGGAAUCUCCGGGACUGACUAGUAGUUUGGCUGUUGCGGAGGAGGUGGAGGGGUUGUUGUAUGGGUAG